CAGGUAACAAAUCAUAACUUAACUUUCAAAAGCGAAACUUCAUCAGAGAUUGUAUAUUAUUUAUUUAUUUAGUAUAUAUUUAUUCGAAAUGAGUGGAUCGUUGCUGAACUACACUUGGCAAACUCUUGUGAUAUAUUUUCUUUUGGCUCCGUCGCACGGGCCGUGCUUGCUAGCAGCCGAACCUAUUCGUUGUUCCCCCUGUACUGCGGAGAAGUUACUCGGAUGCCCGGCGGUGCCAACUGGCUGUGUGGAGUUAGCCCGAGAGCGAGUCUGCGGAUGCUGUACAACAUGCGCGUUGCAGAAAGGGGACUUGUGUGGUCUAUACACAGCUGGAUGCGGCUCUAGCCUGCGUUGUUACCCUCGAGAGGGAGACCCGCGACCUCUUCACUCAUUGACACAAGGACAAGCUAUUUGCAUGGAGCCAUCUGAAGUGGCCAGGAUCCAGGAUUCACAAACUUUAGAAACUAAGGGCCCGACAGAAAAUGACAAUACUGAAGAUACAUCUGUGUACAGUGACCAACAUUCCCUACACUAUCGGCUUAUGCCGCCACUGGGACAUAUCACACACGAGAAGCCAUUUGACCCAAGGAAUACUGUAGAUGCCCAGGAGAGCACGAAAGCCAAGAACAACGCAUUCCGAAAGAAAGCUGUUGAACAGGGUCUAUGCCACAUUGAACUAAGCAGAGAGCUUGAUAAAAUAGCAAAAUCUCAACAGAAAAUGGGUGAAAAAUUCAACAGGUUUCACCUUCCCAACUGUGAUAGACAUGGCUUCUAUCGUGCAAAGCAGUGUGAGACAUCCCUGGAUGGUCAGCGGGGGAAGUGCUGGUGUGUCUACCCUUGGAACGGGAAAAGUAUCCCAGGAUCACCAGAGGUUAGAGGAGACCCGGAGUGUCAGCAGUACCUGGCUUUGCAAGAACAAGACCAAACUCGCUAAUCAUAGAAUUUGUUUUUUAUGUAAGCUCACCAUUUCUCAAACACUCAUGGUUUUAUUUAUUCAUUUCUAUGCUGCUGUAUUUAAUUUCCUUCAGGAUAGGUGCCAAAUGGCCAUUAUGCGGGUAAAAUAACAACUAAGGAUUUAUUCAGGGAUUUAGUGGACAUGUCCGUGGCUACUUGUGUUCUCUUUGCAAAACUGAGGAUUAUACAUUAUUAUUACUGUUUCUUCUCCAUGCAGUCUGUUAGGGCUGUGCACAUAAAUUGCAUUGUUUUUAAGUUGUUAGGUAUUAAUUAAAUGCUAUAAAUACAUACUAAUUGCACAACACAAUAUAAAGUGUUACCUCAUUUGCGAUUGUCCAUGCAAUUAUUGAGUGCCAAUUAAUACAUAUUGUGGAAGUUAUUGCCAUUGAUUGGUACUCAGUUGUAUAGAUGAGGACUAGAAAGAGAAUUAAGGCAGCUUUUCUUCUUGUGAAAUUAAUAUCUUUUUUUAAAAGGCUUGUUUUGGUUUAUUUAAUACCUGCCAUCAAAAACAUGUUUUACUUUGAAAAUGUGAGUACUUGCACAGUCCUAGUUUCAUUUAAACAAUAGUCGUAGAUAGAUGAAAUGGUAGCCGUAUUA